AUGCCAUUAAGCAUCUUCAUACUCAAGAAUUCCAACGGUUUAAAGAAGAUGUUUGAUCAUACUCCUAAUCAGGAAGCUCGUUUCAACAAAAUCCCCCAGAAUGACGACUGUGAGACCCUCCUCUCACAGUCAAGCACUGAUGAUUACACGAAGAAACCAAAACGACCCCUCUGGCAUUACGGCAUCAGUUCCUUAUUCCUUCUCUACUCUGUCAUCAUAUUCCUGGCCGGCAUCUGGAUUGGCAGCCAUAGACUUUUCGACGCCGAUAGCUUCUGCGGAGGCCAUGUCUCUCAUUACUCACCUUUAGUAAAAGAAAGGAUUGGUCUCCAUUACAACCUCCAACGCUUCAAUGGCUCCUUCAUGAAGCUUAAUGCCUUCCGCCAACCAGCCGGGCCAGAAGUAGAUGCAGCCUGGGGCUCCCUAGGAACCGAUUACCGCGCAUUUGUCGUCUCCCCCUCCGACGGUCCUCGCUCCGGCCUUACUCCCAAAACCCACGUCCAUAUCUCCCCCCAGUACGGUGGCGGCUAUCCCGCCAACGUCGAAGGCCUACACCAUCUACACUGCCUGAACCUACUACGCCAGGCUCUCUACUACAAUUACGACUACUACCACGCCCUUGGGCAGGGUGCCUUCUCUAAUGCUGACCACGUCGUCCGCUUUCACGUUACGCACUGCCUCGACAUCCUGCGCCAGCAGCUCAUGUGUGCGGUUGAUGUGGGCGUGCUGGGACAAGUAUGGACAUUUCGCGAGGAUCCGAGUGCGUUUGUUGAUUUCAAUACCGAGCAUAAGUGUCGAAAUUAUGACGCCGUGAGGAAGUGGGCGGAGAAGAGGCAAUUGCCCGAGGAAGUGCCACCGGAUUUCCUGGUGCCUCUGGGGGCGGAGGAUGUGGUUUAUGAGGAGAUUCCUUGA